AUGGAGGAGAUUGCUCUGUGCGGAGCUUCCGAAGUGGCAAAGUGCCUGGUGGCUCCGAUUGGUCGGCACUGCGGCUACGUAAUGUCCUCCGACCGCUACGUUCGCCAACUUAAUGAUGAAGUCGAGAACCUAGGUUACACGAGGGAUGAGGUGCAGCAUUCCAUCGAUGAAGCUCGAAACAACAUGAAGCCGAUCAUACCCAAGGUCGAGAGAUGGGUGAACGACGUGGAGACCGUCGCUAAUGAGGUGCGUGACGUGCUGGAUUACGACGGAAGAGCUAAGAAAACUUGCUUCUAUGGGUGGCUUCCCAACCCAAAGGCGCGAUAUCAUCUCGGCAAAAAGGCGAGAAGGACGGUCAAGGACAUCCAGGCACUCAUUGCAGUGGGUCCAUUCGAGAAGGUUGACUUCGAGAAUCCUCCGCCUGGGCUUGUUGGCGCUGCUCUCGACGUGAACUCGUUGGCCGGUGAUGGGGGCGACUUUAUCACAGAUUCGCGAGCUUCCAUCUUUCGGGGCAUAAUGAAAGCUCUGAAUGAUGAGAAGGUGAAAGUGGUUGGGGUCUACGGGCCUGGCGGCGUGGGGAAGACUACUCUAUUGGAGAUAGUCGAGGAGAAACUCAAGAAAGAGGGGAGACCGUUCCACAUGAUCGUCAAAUCGAAAGUCUCGCAGACUCCAGACUUGACGAAAAUCCAAUUCGAUAUCGCUUACGCCUUGGGUCUAAAAGAUCUGAAGGAUGAGCCGAGUGAAGAGGGAAGGAGAGAUCUUCUGUUCAAGAGAUUACAGAUGGAUCGGAGUGAGAAGGUUCUCAUAAUAUUGGACGACCUGUGGGGAGCACUUGAUUUGAAGGCGGUUGGAAUUCCUCUGGGAGAUGAGAGCAGGUACUGCAAAUUGUUGCUUACUUCGAGAGAUAAAAGUGUGCUGGAGCAAAAGCUGCAUGCCGAACAAACAUUUCGUCUUGAAGGUUUAAGCGACGAAGAAGCUUGCAUGCUAUUUGCAAAGAUAGUCCGCGACAAGCUCAAAGACAACGAGGAAUUGAUACUAAAGGCGGUUCAAGUGGUAAUGAAGCUUGCAGGUUUGCCUCUUUUGAUUACCUCCGUUGCAAGUACCUUAAAAUGUAGCGAUGUGUCCACAUGGGAGAACAUGAUAAUAAAAAUAGAAGACCCAAAUAUUGAGAGAAUGGUGAAGUGGAGUUACGACCAUUUGGAGAGUGAGGAUGCCAAAUGCUUAUUCAAGCUUUGUGGUCUUAUUGGUGGGACCAUUAAAGUCGAAUGUCUACUGGGAGUAGGCAUGGGUUUGGGCUUGUUUGAGGGAUUCAACAACACAGUACAAGAUUCAAGGAAUAGAUUGAAUAAGCUGCUCGAUAAACUCCGUUUCACUUGUCUGUUGCUGGAUGGUGGUGACGACAAGGAAAAUGUGACCAUACAUGAUCUUUACAGCGAGGUGGCCGUCUCAACUACAUUUAGUGGUCAGCAUUCCUUAAUGAUGAACAGCAAUUAUGGCUCAUGGCCCAAGGAAAAGCUUGAGAAAUGUUGGGCAAUACGCCAAGUUGAUGUUGGCAAGGAUAAGCUUGCUGAACUAAUGCGGUGUGUGUUUCCUGAAUUGAAGAUACUCAUGUUGUCUCAACCGGAAAAUUGGAAGGGGAGACCUGCACACCGACAUGAUCAGGAAGAUUGCUGUAGACUAGAUUUCACAUACAUGAAGGAGCUCCGAGUCCUAUAUCUCCGCACCAUGCAUAUCACCACUUUACCUUCCUCUAUGGAAAUCCUCGGGAACCUCUGCUCGUUAUAUUUAGACCAUUGCAAGGUGGGAGACGUGGCAAAUCUUGGCAAGCUCAAAGCAUUGCAGAUUCUUAGCUUUGUAGGAUCUAAAAUUUCUAGGCUGCCUAAAGAUAUCGGGGAACCGACAAAUCUAAGAUCGUUGAAUCUAAGUGACUGCUACUCGCUUAAGGUAAUCGAGCCUGGAGCUCUAAAAGGCUUAAUCAACUUGGAAGAGUUACAUAUGAAGGGAAGCUUUGAUCAAUGGAUGGGCAAGGAUGAAAUACCAUCAAAAUUGUGUAAUGCUGGGCUUGCCGAGCUGAAGAGCUUGAGAAAGAUAGCAUCUCUAGAAAUAUCGAUCCGUGAUCCCACCAUAUUGGAGGAUGUUGACUUGCCAUUUGGGAACCUGAGCAAAUUUUGGAUCGAGAUAGGAAUUGUUUGUAUCACCUAUGAUCUAAAAGGAAAUGUUGUUGGGAGAGAAUUUGAAGGUUCGAGAACUAUGAAGCUCAAUUUGGAAGGGUGCGAUAGUAUUCUUUCAGAAAAAUGGAUUCAGCAAAUUCUACAGAAGACUCAGUACUUAUAUUUAUGCGAGUUGAGUGGGUUCAAAAAGAGCGCUCACGAGUUGUGCACCCAAGGAUUCCGAGAAGUGAAGUACCUCAAAAUUGAAGAUAGCCCCUCAAUCAAGUACAUUGCCAAUUCAUUUCAUGGCCUCCCCCUCACUGCUUUUAAGAAGUUAGAGUCAUUGUUCCUUGAAAAUCUUAUUAAUUUAGAGAAGAUAUACCAUGGCCCCAUCGAACCAGAGUGUUUCAGCAAAUUGAAAGCCGUGAGUGUCAAACAUUGCGAUCGAUUGAAAUACUUGUGGUAUCUUUCAGAUAUACGAAGACUCGUGCAGCUGGAAGAGAUUGAAGUGUGUAAAUGUAACUCAUUGCAAUCCAUUGUCAAACAUGAUGCGGGAGAAGAUAUUGUUUCUACCAAUAGCAGAGUUGACUUGCCUAAUGUACACCGUCUGAUAUUGCAAGAGUUAACAAAUAUGACAAGCUUUUGCAGCAAAGCUGAAAGGACAUCAGAGGAUAGUCCAAUCCAGGUUUCAUUGCCUCACUUGGAAUCCCUAGUAAUGGUUGGACUCCCUGGCCUAGAAAAGAUACUCUAUGGUGAACCCUCAAUAAAAUACAAUGGUCUGAAAUCGCUAAAGAUAGAAGAAUCUAAAUCCACGUUGAGUAUUCUGAAAGAUUGGAUACUAAAGCUGCCAAAUUUGGAGUCAAUGGAAAUUGCGGGCUCUCCAUCAUUAGAAGUAGUUUUCGACUUGGAGGAACUAAAAGUCACUUUGGAGAAGUUGAGAUUCUCUCUUGGCUAA